UGUGACGUGAGGGGACUGCGGUGGGCCCGAGUGCUGCGGCUGCCGCAGCGCCCGCCGCGGCUCGGGCUCAGGCUCCCUGGCAUUUAAAGGGGACGCGGUGGCGGCCCCGGGGAUGGGGGGCAGGUGGAAGGGACGGAGCCGAAGCACAUCAUCCACGGUCCCUCGGGCAGAAGGGACGCGUGAGCCGGAGCUCAGAAAUCCGGGGGUGGAUAAGACCGCGUCCCCUCCAAUUCCCGAGCUCUGGAUGACAGUUGAAGACCGACAAAGUUUCUAAGAGGUGGUGCUCAGUAUACUAUACUGACAAUGAGCGGCUGUUUUCCAGCCGUUGGUCUACGAUGCCUAUCUAGGGUCUUGGAUGUGCCAGCGACCCUGGCCGUGGCCCGCUAACCAGCCUCUCCCUGGCCGGCUCCCGCCGCGCCGCCUCUCGCUUGUCCCCUCCUGCUCCUCUUCCCCCUGCUCCCAGGACGGCAGGAUGGCUGCGCCAGGAGCGCCUCGCUUCCUUCUGACCUUCGACUUCGAUGAGACCAUCGUGGACGAAAACAGCGACGACUCGAUCGUGCGCGCUGCGCCAGGCCAGCAGCUGCCCGAGAGCCUGCGUGCCACUUACCGCGAGGGCUACUACAAUGAGUAUAUGCAGCGCGUCUUCAAGUACCUCGGUGAGCAGGGUGUACGGCCUCGGGACCUGCGCGCUGUCUAUGAGACCAUCCCCCUGUCGCCGGGCAUGGGCGAUUUGUUGCAGUUCAUAGCCAAGCAGGGCUCCUGCUUCGAGGUUAUCCUCAUUUCGGAUGCCAACACCUUUGGUGUGGAGAGUGCCCUGCGCGCCGCAGGCCACUACAGUUUAUUCCGCCGGAUCCUCAGCAACCCGUCCGGGCCGGAUGCACGGGGACUGCUGACGCUGCGGCCCUUCCACACGCACAACUGCUCGCGCUGCCCCGCCAACAUGUGUAAGCACAAGGUGCUCAGCGAAUACCUGCGUGAGCGGGCCCGUGACGGCGUGCACUUCGAGCGCCUCUUCUACGUGGGUGAUGGUGCAAAUGACUUCUGCCCCAUGGGGUUGCUGGCGGGUGGGGACGUGGCCUUCCCGCGCCACGGCUACCCCAUGCACCGCCUCAUCCAGGAGGCACAGAAGGCCGAACCCAGCUCCUUCCGCGCCCACGUGGUGCCCUGGCAAACAGCCACCGAAGUGCGCCAACAUCUGCAACAGGUGCUGAAGACGUGUUGAAGAUCAUGGCCUGCAGGGGGCGCGGCGGCGGUGGG